AUGGCUUUAAAGAUGCGGACGGUUUAUACAUCGAUAAAAGAUAUCACUCCAAGUACAAGAGAUUGGAAAAUCAAAAUGAUUGUGGCAGAGAAAUCACCCAAGCGAACAGGACAACGCUCACCAGUGAAGUAUCAAAGCCUAACAUUAAUUGAUCCAGAGGGAAAUCGGCUGCAGGCUACGAUAUUUGAUAAGGAUAUUAAUUCGCGAAAAGAUACUUUGCAUAUUUUCCAGUCAUAUUACAUCAGUAAUGCAUAUGUGAAGCCAUUGGAUCCGAAAUAUAGAAUUGAAACACAUGAAUAUCAAUGGAUCUUGAAUGCUAAAACGAUAAUUGAGGAAGUUCCAAAGGAUGAAGAACAAUUGGAGCCGCCAAAGUACCAAUUCAUUCCGUUCAAUGAAUUAGAUGCUUACAAGAAUUCAAUUGCAGAAAUAGGAUUAUCUCUAUCAUCACGUCCGAAAAGUAAAUUUAUGAUCAAUCCUGUUAUUCCUGAGGCAACUUCAUUGCAAGAGUGGGCGGCGAUUAAUGAUUUAUUACUCAAGAGUAUUAUUGCAAAAAGUUUGACAUACCCAUUUGCAUCUCUAUCUUCUGUUGGCAUUCGGGAAAUAAUCAAGAAUUGUGAUGUUGCUGAGUUCAUCAAAAGUUUGCAACCCAUGGCGAAAACAAAAUUUUGGAUAAAGGCGAAGAUAAUUGUGGUUGAUUUGCGCCAGAUAUUUUUUUACAUGUCAUGUAUUGGCUGUAAUAAAGGAACUGGAUAUGAUUACAAUGAUACAUUCCUUUGUUACCAUUGCAAACACCAAAGCAUUUCCCAACCACGUUGCCGAGCAUAUGUUGAACUCGACGAUGGUACAGGAAGACUAUCUGCUGUCAUGUUUGGUGAAGUUGUAGAAGAAGCAUUCGGUUGUUCGGCAGUUGAACUUAUGAAUCAUACUGGAGAUGAACAUUUGUCAUAUAUAGAAAAUCUUGUGGCACAAGUUUCACAGAAUGAGUGGAAGGUUGAACUUUUGGUAGAUCUCGAUCGACUCAACCAAAAGCAGUACAAGAAUUUCAAUGUCAUCUCUAUCGAAGCUGUGCAGGAUGACACAAAAUGA